AUGGUAGGCACGAGUCUGAUGCCUUUACUCCACGCUUUGGUAGCGGAUCGCUUGGAGGACGCCGUCGCCAUCAAUUUCGCCGUCUACACCCUCAGUUUAGCUGACUGGCUCGGUUGCUCUGACUCCACAAUGGAGGGCUUGGCAUCUGCUGCAGCGCAGCACAGCGCAGAGAUGCCGCAGAUGAUCCAAGCCGUGCUGAAGACAGAUGAGGCGAGCAAAAGCCUGGAGUGGGUUCUAAAACGAGGACUCCUCAUCCGCGAUGCAAGAGGCAUUGAGGCUUUGGCUACCCAUGCUGCCAAAGAGAUGUGGCGGAAUCUUUGCGGGCGAGCAAUUCUCCAGAGUCUGCUCAACCUAGCAAGCCAAGAUCCCGACGGGCUCAGGCUUAGCCCCGCAGCUCAUGCUGCAAUCGUGCUGGGCAUCCCUCCGCGGGAGGUCCAUUCAGUAUUGCCAUCGAAGCUCCGCUUCGGGCCCAGCGCUCAAAGUCUGUUCCUGGACUUAAGAAAGAAGGGUAUCGGACCCGAAGGAGCAGCACGGUUGGAGUUUCCAGGCCGGCUCCGCGAGCUUGACCUGGACUUAACCCGUUGCGGCAUCCGAGCUGUGGGAGCGGCUGGGCUGCGGCUGCCAGGGACGUUGGUGAGGUUGCGCCUGAUCUUGCAGAAGUGUGACAUCGGGCCAGAAGGGGCCAAGGCAUUGGUCCUUCCUCCGACUUUGGAGCGCAUGGAGCUGGACCUCUCGCACUGUCUCAUCGGUCCGCUUGGAGCUUCCAACCUUCAGUUGCCACGGGGCCUGGCUGAGCUGGACCUGAGCCUGCUGCGGUGCGGCGUCGGAGAUCGUGGUGCCAAGGCCCUCAACCUGCCUGAUAGCAUCCGGAAGCUGCGCUUGGACUUGGCCCGCUGUGAAAUUGGAGCUGAAGGCCUCAAAGGCCUGCGCUUGCCUGGGCGCCUGACCAGCCUGGUGCUAGAUCUGACAAUGUGCUCGGUUGGACCAGAACAGCUCAAGGCAUUCAUAGCGACCUUGCCGAAGACUUUAGAGGCCUUGGAGAUGAAUUUGACGGGCUGCAAGGUGAAAGAGGCUUCUGUCGCGAUGCUCCAGCAGGCCGUCAAAGCUCGACUGCCGCUGAUAGCAAGUCCAACCCUGGUGGUCUAG